UCCCUUGCUCUGCAUUGUCGCCGCUCCCCCACUGCCUCUUGUUCAGUUUCUCCUGCCAAUUCCGACAUCUCCAGUCAAGUUAUCGAUGUUCACCAUGGAUGGUACUGGCGCUAGUUCUUCUACGAGUGCGAACGACUUCAACUUCCUCGAUUGGGUCGGUGACUAUGCGGAGUUGCGAGGUCAUCAAUCGGAGACUAGUGCUGCUGUCGUCGAACCGAUUUUAGACCAUGCGAAUAUAACAACAUGGGAGGGGAGAUAUGGUCAGCCUGGACUGAGUACCAGGGCGGUGAUUGGUGGCACAAAUAUCAGUGGCAAUGGAUUCGAAGUUGGCGCCGGCUUUCCCGGUCCUUCCUCAUCGGUCUCGGGCGCCGAUGAUAGCAACCUCUUUGCCCGGUCAUAUAAUACUGGUAUCGAUAUGUUCAUGGCGCAAGCGCAGCGCUAUCGGCACAGUCAAAAUCCGCAAUUCCCAGCAGUUUCAGGGUACACAAAUAUGGUUCAACCCCGUCCUCUUGCCUAUCCACCGGGUGAACAGACCGCUCCAUUUGGAGCUGCUAAUUGGCGCUUCGGACAGCCCAAUUUCGAGAUGAGCAUGAACAACAGCACUACGGAUGAGACUGUCGGACGUCCCUCAAAACGGCUUCGACACGCUAUCACUGAGCCCAGAGGUCCUUCUACGAAAUCCUAUACAUCCGGUCCUUCUGCUCUGUCCCGGCCUGAAUAUAGCCCGCCCGUUUUUCCCAACGACCUCGACUUCAGUAAUCUUGAUCCGGACCUGCUAGCUGAGUUUCCUAUAACCAUGAAUGCCCAAUUUAUGUCUUCGCAGGCACAUGACUCAUCUGCACCUUCAUCAUCCGACGAGGUGAAUGCUUUCAUGGUACCACUGGCCGACCCUGUCGCAGGGCCCUCUAGGUCUCACACGACUUGGAACUUCCCAUCGUACGAAAUUAUACCAGCGGCGAGCCAAUCGCCAAUCGCUGCAGUCUUGCCUCCGGACCCCUUCUCCUUCCCAGCAGCUGCAUACACAGCUGCUGUGGCAGGCGCUUUCUUGUUGCUGGCAGCGUUGCCGUUCCAAGAGACCCAUGAAAGUCGCCGGCUUUUACAGGCAUAUUCGAAUCCACUACGAGCCGCGUGUUCAAUGCGAAUGGUGCCAGGGCUAUUUCUCAAGAGUUGACUCCCGCACACGACACAGAAGAACUUGCAGCAGUCGUCCCACUUUGGCAGAACCCUCGCAAGGAGGGACUCUUGAGGAGCCGCAAAAUGAAACGUUGCCGCCGCAACCUGAAAGUCUGGCAGAUCUGUUGGGGUCAGACAGACAAGAUGCGUCCGAGUUUGGCUCAGAGGCUCGCAUUCCGACUGAGCCCCCGGAAUCCGAGUUUUCGCAAGCUCUUGACGGUCCUUCCCAAUCUCGGGCGACAUCAGAGGACAGUGCUAGUGCGCG